CAGCAUCUCCGACUAUCACAGAAUCAUCGCAUCAUCAAGAAUACGCCGUGCAGAUGACCCAUGUACAAGCCUGCACCGCCUAGGCCGAAGAAGACCGAUAUCAUCCGCUCGCGCGAUGGCUGUACCAGCUGUCGCAAGCGCAGAACAAAGUGUGAUGAGCAGAAGCCAGCAUGUGGGACUUGCGUCAGAUUGGGGAAGGAAUGCGAAUAUGUGAAACCUGGCCUCAGGUUUCAGGUUGUAACCGGGCAGAGGUCGAGAUCCCCGUCGUCAAGUGAAACAUCGUCCAAUGCGACGGCACAGGAGCUGGCUGGUGACCAAGGCUCCAGCACUCAAACUGGGCAGAGACUCCGGAUCGAAACCGGCAGUCUGGUCAAAUCUCUGCAGACGACGGAGCGGGACAUCUUCUACACCACCUAUUGGGAGGACCGCUGUCUACCCGCCUUACACCCCGUCUUCCACUCUACCACACUCCUGGUCCCCGACAUAUCGAUCAUUAGAGACGCGGUGCUUGCCCUGUCUUCUUGCAAUAUUAGCCGUCUCCGUGGGGAGCGCAAAGUAUCGACGACCGCAGUGAUGGGCCCGUGGAGUCCGAGUCUAGCCCACCAGACCGCGAGCCAUUUGUAUUACUCCUCCGCCAUUCGGAGACUCGCUACCUUGACCUCGGUCGACCUUCACCACAAUAACACGGUCAUCCUCACGACGCUGGUGUUGUUCGCCCACCUGGAAUCCGCCAUGGGCAACUUUGCAGGCUUCUGCUGUCACGUGCAGGGGAUUAUGAAUCUCCUGGAGUGGCGGCAGGGUGUCGCAGACCCCACGAUCAAAUCGCUCCUCACCUCGUGGAUGCAGAUCCGUUAUGUGGUCUGGUGGGCUCGCGCCUACUUCAGCUCAGUAGAGAUUCAUCAGCAGUUGCCGUCCGUCCCGUUGCCCGUCUCGCUGGUCGGGGAUUUACCACACACCCCGCACGGGCGCCGGGUCCUGGUCUUGAGCAUCAUGUGCGAGUCCCAUCGCCUGAAUUUCAGGACUGUGCUUCAGUAUUGCCGGGGUCAGAUGAGCCCCCUGGGAACCGGAGAUGAUCCAGCGACGUGUAUCUCCCGACUCCGCCAACAGGCUGCAAAACUAGACGAGUGGCUCGCGCACCUCCCGCCCGCCGAGCAGCCCAUCUACGGCCCUAUCGACCCGGCCGGCAGCCCGACCAUCCACUUCUCCUCGCACAGUGCAGCACUGAACUACGCAUACUACGUCGUAGCGCGCAUCAUGCAAUGCAGUGGUUUUCUUACCCUCCUGCAUACCCCACACUCAACCUCGCUUGAUCACCAUCCCCACGAGGAAGACGUAUGGGUCCAAGCCCUCGUCCGCAUCGCCCAAGGCACCGACAUGCAGACCUCCCUCACGCGCAACAGCUACACCAUCGGAUUCACGGGCCUGCUGCUGGCGGGGAUCCUGCGAUGUCGAACCCUGUCGGUCGGGCUGGCGAUCGAGCAAUGGCUGCAGACGCUACUGGAUCUGCAGCCGACCGAGGAAGGCGCGUUCCCUGUGUACCAGACCCUCAGCGUGGUGCAAGCGAUCAACCGGCAGAGGGCGGUCGGGCGGGAUGUGUUUGCCGUGACGCAGCCGGUGGACGAUGGCGGAGGGUCGCCCAAGGUCACGGCGUAUAACAGUCAGUCAAUCAGUUGUCUUGUGUUUCAUGGGUACUGUCGACAGAAAGGGGGUGUUUUUGAGGAGUGUGUCGUGUUAGAGGGGUAGGUUUUAUUAUUCUCAUGUCUUGAUGCCUCAGCUGUCUGUAGUCCAGCGGUAGGUACUGUACCCCCCUUGCAGUCAAGAGGGUCAAUCACAAAAAGCCAUAAUCAAAAUCGACAGAUCAAUGGAACAACAACAAAAAUCAAUUUCUAAUCAGUAUACUACAGAGUGGAGAUGCGUCUAAGCCGGCUUAGCUCUCCUCUAGUUCUCCUCAGCAGGAGCCGGGGCAUCCAGCGGGGUGGACAGUCCC